AUGCAGGUCCUCGGCAGCUCAGCAGUCGCCACCGCAGGCUACUGCCUGCCAGCCCAGCCGUGCUGGCCCGUCCCCGACGCCUGGUCCUUCCUCAACUCGUCCCUCGUCGGCACCCUCAUCCGCCCCUACGGCCCUCUUCCCUGCGUGCCGCCUACCUGCACCGAUGCCCACUGGCGCAUCGAGCAGCCGGCGGGCCUCAUGUUCCUCAACUUUGAAGACGGCUACGGCCUCCUCCCCGACGAGGGCUUGCGCACCGCCACGUCGGCGCUCGUCGAGCCGCCAGCCAUGACCGCCGGCGACCGCACGCCCGCCUACGUCCUCCAGGCCCUGUCCGACUCGGACGUCGCGCACGGCGUCGCCUUUGCUCGAGAGCACCGCCUGCGCCUCCGCGUCAAGAACACGGGCCACGACUACCUCGGGCGGUCGAGCGACCCCGGGUCGUUCACGAUCUGGACCCACGCCUUGAACGAGACGCGGUUCGAGCCCGACUUUGUGCCGCACGGCGCGCCCGAGGGCACGCCACCGCACCGCGCGCUCGUCGUCGGCGCCGGGACCAUCGUCAAGGACCUGUACGAGGCGGCCGACAAGGCGGGCGUGCUCGUCGCGGGCGGCGUCAGCAAGACGGUCGGUGCAGGAGGAGGCUACGUUCUGGGAGGCGGUCAUGGUCCCUUGGCGCCUCAUCUCGGGCUUGCAGCCGACAACGUUCUCGAGUUCACCGCCGUCACGUCCAACGGCACGAUCGUGCACUGCUCGCCUUACGAGAACCCGUCGCUCUUCACCGCCUUGCGAGGCGGCGGUUCCGCCUUCGCCGUCCUCACCUCGGUCGCCUUCCGGGCACACGACGCGCCGUCGGGCUUCGUCGGCAUCUUUGGCUCGUUCGGCGUGCGUCCAGGCGCCAACACGACCGGCGACAGCGGCAAGGCGGCGUGGAGGAGGAUGGUGCGGCGGUGGGUCGACUUGCAGCCGGUGCUGAGCGACGCGGCGCCGUUCGCCGGCUACACCUACGUCCGUCGCCCGCUCGAGUCGCCGUUCGCCUACAUUCUGCCCUCGGCCAACGUCACGCUCGCCAAGGAGCUCUUCCGCCCCGUCUUCAAGGCCGCCAUGGACGACCCCGACCUCGACAUCCAGUUCCGCUACGUCGUCCGCAAGUCGUGGUACGACCUGUGGCACGGCUCUUUCACCGAGGCGCUCGAGUCGCUCGACGAGGUCGGCAUUCCGCUGCUGCUCGGCGGCAGGCUCGUCCCGCGAGACGUCGUCGAGCAGAAGUCGGACGAGCUCGCGACGUUCCUCGCCGAGUCGCCAAGCCCGGCCAUCGUGCACCUCGUCUCGGGUCGCGCAGUCUCGGUCGAGCCCGAGUUCCCUUCGUCCGUCAACCCGGCGUGGCGCAACACCCUCCUGCACAUCGACCUGCCCGUCUCGUGGCCCGCGUCGGCCCCUCUCUCGACGAUCCACCACCUCUCGACGUACCUCUCGUCGCACACGCUCGCCCUCGGCUCGAUCGCCUCGUCGCUCGGGCACCCGCCGGCGUCGUACGCCUCGGAGAGCGACUACUACGAGAAGGACUGGCAGGCGGUGUGGUACGGCGAGGACAACUACGCGAGGCUGCUCGAGGUCAAGAGGGAGUGGGAUCCAGAGGGGGUCUUCAGCGCGCGCAAGGCGGUCGGGAGCGAGAUCGUCGGCUGGUGA